AUGAUUGCCUGGUUGAAGCUUGCUGUGAUCUGGUGCUGCAAUGAAGCAAUCGCCUUCAAGGUCGGCACGUGGAAGGACGAGCCGGUUUCUUCGGAAGAGCCCGCGGAGGAUCCCGAGAGUGAGGUUUACGUGAACGCCAGCCUCAAUGCAUCGACUCCGGCGCAGAAGAUUGUCGAUGCCGUGGACAGGAAUUGGUUGGGCUAUGGACCUGAAGAUUCAGUGCCAGCAGUUUCAGGAGAUUCAGAGAAAGGUAUAAGGGUGACCAUCGGAAGCAACCAACCACGCCGCCGUAUUUCACCGAAGUGCGUUCCGGCUCCCGUUCCAAAUCUGGAUUGCAACAGUUUUGCUGGCAAUCCUCCGUAUCGGGUGAAAGCGGGCAAAUGGAACGACCACUUCGAGAUCUACAAGAGCGGUGAUAACAUCUGUGCUCGGCGCACAGACAAGAACGACCCUUGGGGCCUCCACUUGGAGAUCGAUUGCAAGGUCGGAACCGAGCACCCCCGUCGUCGCACCAGCUCCCGUCGAUGGCG